AUGCUUCUCCUCGGCCUCUUUGCGCUGCUGCAGCCCGUGUGCGCCCUGAUCGCCUUCCCCGGCGCGGAGGGAUUUGGUGCCAACGCGGUCGGCGGUCGAAAGGGCGAGGUCUACGUGGUUUCCAACCUGAACGACUCUGGCGAAGGGUCGUUGCGCGAUGCCGUCUCGAAAACGGACCGCAUUGUCGUCUUCUCGGUCGGAGGAGUGAUUGAGAUCGAUGAUCGCAUCGUGGUGUCCAAGCGAGUGAGCAUCCUGGGUCAGACGGCUCCGGGUGACGGCAUUACAGUCUAUGGGAAUGGCUGGUCCUUCUCCAAUGCAGACGAUGCCAUUGUUCGAUACAUUCGCGUUCGCAUGGGCAAAGGCGGAGACUCCGGAAAAGACGCCAUCACGAUUGCCGAGGGCAAGCGCAUGAUCUUCGACCAUCUGUCGGUGUCCUGGGGUCGCGACGAGACCUUCUCGAUCAGUGGCACGGGUGCCAACAUCACCGUGCAGAACAGCAUCAUCGCGCAGGGGCUGCAGACCCAUUCCUGCGGCGGACUGAUGCAGACUGACGGAGGAGUCUCUCUCUUCCGCAACCUAUACAUUGACAACAAGACGCGUAACCCCAAGGUGAAGGGAGUUAACGAGUUCACCAACAACGUCAUCUACAACUGGGGUGGCGGUGGAGGCUACAUUGCCGGCAGUUCCAGCGGCGAAUCUCGUGUGAACAUCAUCGGCAAUUACUUCAUCAGCGGUCCUUCCACCAGCGUGACGGCCUUCACUCGCGGCAAUGAGAACUUCCACGGCUACGUCAAGAACAACUUCUACGACCCCGACCAGGAUGGCACCCUGAACGGAAGCGAGUUGGGCGAGUCUGCCUCCAGCUACGGAGGAAUGGAUCUCGUGUCGACCAAGUACGACUAUCCGGCCGUGGCCAACACCCUCACCCCCGAGGAGGCCGUGGCUUAUAUCACCAAAUCUGGCGGUGCCUCCAAGGUCCGCGACGAUGUCGACACGCAGUUGAUCGAACAAGUCAAGUCCUACGGGAAGAAGGGUGAGCUGAUCUCGGAUGAGGCGAUCAUGGGUGGCGCUGGUGAGCUGGACGGCGGAUCGUCGCCCAAAGACACCGAUGGCGAUGGAAUUCCCGACGAGGCCGAGGAAGAGCUGGGCACCGAUCCGAACACGGCGGAUUCGAUGGAGUUGCACAGCAGUGGAUAUACCAACCUGGAGGUGUGGGCAAACUCUCUGGUGCCUUCGAGCUACAAGUGA